CCCUCCGCCCCGCGUGACCCUUCGACCGUGCUGUCCCCGCGCGCCAUGGCUGCAGUCAGGGCACUGGUGGUGCCGAGGCUGCUGGCGGCCUCCGCGCUCGCGCCGCUCCCCGGGCGCCUGCGUGCGCUCACUCCACGCGCGGCCCUGCACGGCUCCGCGCCGCUUUUCGGGGCCCGGGUGGCGCUGGUCCUGUCCGGUUGCGGAGUCUACGACGGGACCGAGAUCCACGAGGCCUCGGCGAUCCUGGUGCACCUGAGCCGCGGAGGAGCGGAGGUCCAGAUCUUUGCCCCUGACGUCGCUCAGAUGCAUGUGAUCGACCACACCAGGGGACAGCCUUCCGAGAACGAGAGCAGGAAUGUUUUGGCCGAGUCCGCAAGGAUUGCCCGAGGCAAGAUCAGCAGCCUGGCCCAGCUCAGUGCAGCCAACCACGACGCAGCUAUCUUCCCUGGAGGCUUCGGAGCUGCCAAAAACCUGAGCACAUUCGCUGUGGACGGGAAGGACUGCAGAGUCAACGAGGAUGUGGCGCGCGUCCUGAAGGAGUUCCACGCGGCCGGGAAGCCCAUCGGCCUGUGCUGCAUCGCGCCUGUCCUUGCAGCCAAAGUGCUCAGCGGCGUUGAGGUCACUGUGGGCCACGAGCAGGAAGAGGGCGGCAAGUGGCCUUAUGCUGGGACUGCGGAGGCCAUCAAGGCCCUGGGUGCCAAGCACUGUGUGAAGGGUGUGACCGAAGCUCAUGUGGACUGGAAGAACAAGGUGGUCACCACCCCGGCCUUCAUGUGUGAGACUGCACUGCACCACAUCCACGACGGGAUCGGGGCCAUGGUGAAAAGCGUGCUGGAGCUCACCGGGAAGUGACCGCCCGCUCAGCCGCUGCCGGUUGCUGGUGCCCUCUGCCACGGGGCACAGCAGCCAUAGGCAGUUAGACCCCGGCGUCUGCCUGGAGGAGGAGCUCUGCCACGGGGCAGUCUCCCGGGCGCAGUCCCUGCUUGAUUCCCUCGUGUCCUGGAAGCUGAGUGGGAGCCAGAGGGACACUAAGCAGAGAAACCGUCCUCGCUUGGGUCUGGUGGCUCUGCACAUCGAUGCGGUGUCCUAAGACUGAGUCUGAUGAUCA